AGUUACGCGGCGGCCGGCCACCCGUGCGAGUGUACCGUUCCUCAGGGUAACCGGAGGUUUCACUCUCUCUCGGGAUCUUUCACCUGUCUCUCGCUCGUUCUCUCUCUUUCUCUCUAUCUCUCCGUCUCGAGCUUCACCUCGACACCGUCCGCAGGCACUUGCCGAAAGCGGACACCGUCAACCGCGUGCGGAAUCGUGCGGGAUCGAACGUACCUACGAGGGGUAGUUUCCACGUUUUCGCGACAGCGACGGCGGACACCUGUGCGAUCCCGUUUCGAAUUUCCGCGUGUUGAUCGCCGCCGUGAUCGGUGUUCCCGCAGAGUGACGAUCUAUCAUUAAUCUACCAGUGCUGGAUGGUAAUCGCGACGGUUAUCGGCCCCCUCGGCGAUCGUACGGUUUCGAGCAGCAGUAACAGCAGCAGCAACAGUAGCAGGUGUACUCAAGGACCAGCUCGCGCCGGAAGAGCGACGAUGUCGCUGCAGCGACGAUAAGCGAUUCUGGAUGCGAGUGCCCAGGGCGGAAGUAUUCGGGCUCCUCGGUGGGGCGCUGACCUCCGACGACAUCAUCAGGAAGGAUUCGCCUUGCCCUACGACGACGCACGCAGGGCAACUGCAUUCGCCGAACGGCGACAGCGACAACAGCAACGGUAGCCAGCGUGCGGUGGCUGUUACUCGCAGCGAAGUAGAGCAACAGCAGCAACAGCAGCAACAACCGCAUCGCCAACGGCAGCAGCAACGUCAGGCGACCGCUACCGUUCCGGUUCUCGCCUGUACUAAUCAAUCGUCUAUCACCACGACCACGACCGCCUUCACGGUGGCAUCAAGCAUGCUUCUUUUGCAGACACAGAGCCCCUUCGGAUGUAGCAGUUUCGCGGAUUUGCUGAGUGCUCCUUAUACGGACCCUGCGGAUGCCGGAAGCUUGCCCGAAGAGCUGGAUCCCUUUCCGGAACUGCAGCUCGGGAAUCCGCAAGGCGUGCCUUCGGUCGACGAGUCUGCUCAAUCUCAACAGAGUGUACAUCAUCAACAACCACCGCAACCGCCACCACCACCUACACCUCUACCCGAAGACGUUCAAGCUGAUUCUCUUAGUCCUACGCCUUUGCCAAGCUUCCAGGAGACCUAUACGGUGCAGCGGUUUACCAGACAGGAGCUCCAGGGCCUCGGCAUUAAGAUGGAUGAAGAAUGCUACGACAACCCGGUAUAUUCCUGCACCAGCAGUCACUAUCCGACCGAGUACUCGGCCACAGUGUCCUAUCACGAGCAACAGCAGCCGCAACAGCAGCACCCACACCAUCAUCCGCAACAUCACCAGCAACAGCAAGCACCGCAUCACAGUUACUUCUCUACGGAAUCGGCACCUACUCCGGCAACGGCAGUUGCACCGCCUGCAAACAAUCGACAAGUCGACGAUUCGAAUCAUCGGAUCAUGGAUUCAUCGUACGGAGUAGCUGUUACUGUGCCUAUGGUUUAUGGAGCACCGCCAGCCAUCGCCAGUGUCGCUACACCCGUAUCUCCUACAGAUCUGUGUCCCAAUGUUGACACUAAUGUCGUCGUUGGUACCACACGAUCGCGAAGGGCGUCACUUCCUACUCAGAGAUCAGAGUCGGCAAGUAGUGGGAGCACGGAGUCCCCGAAGCCGCGCGGCAGCGGCAGCGGUGGCACCGCGAGUUCCACCGUCAGUUCACCGUCGCCCGGAAGUGGCACCAGCGGCGAACGCGCACCCCCGAGUCCGAGCCAGCUUUGCGCUGUGUGCGGCGACACCGCGGCCUGUCAGCAUUACGGCGUGCGUACCUGCGAGGGUUGCAAGGGUUUCUUCAAGAGGACUGUGCAGAAGGGCUCCAAAUACGUGUGCUUGGCUGAGCGAGCUUGCCCGGUAGACAAGCGUCGAAGAAACCGUUGCCAGUUUUGCCGAUUCCAAAAGUGCCUGAUGGUCGGCAUGGUGAAAGAAGUCGUUAGGACAGAUUCUCUGAAAGGUCGACGAGGCAGAUUGCCUUCCAAACCCAAAUCACCGCAAGAAUCUCCACCAAGUCCGCCGGUCUCUUUGAUCACUGCUCUGGUCCGCGCCCAUCUGGACACAACGCCUGAUAAGGCGAGCCUUGAUUACUCACAGUAUCGACAACCACGACCAGGCGAUCCUCCGAUCACCGAAGCCGACAAAAUUCAACAAUUCUACAAUCUGUUGACAACCUCAAUCGAUGUUAUCCGAAAUUUUGCCGACAAAAUCCCCGGUUUCACGGAUUUAGUGCGGGAAGACCAGGAACUGCUCUUCCAAUCGGCCAGUCUGGAACUGUUCGUGCUCAGGUUGGCGUACCGCACGAACCCGGAUGACACGAAGUUAGUAUUCUGUAAUGGCGUUGUUCUCGCGCUGGAACAGUGCCAGCGCAGUUUCGGCGAUUGGCUGCACAGCAUCCUUGACUUCUGCAAGGCUCUUCACUUCCUGGAAGUCGAUAUCAGCGCCUUCGCCUGUCUGUGCGCUCUCACCCUCGUCACUGAGAGGUACGGACUGAAGGAGCCGCAGCGCAUGGAGCAGCUGCAAAUGAAAAUCAUCUCGUCUCUGCGCGAUCACGUGACCUACAACGCCGAGGCGCAGAGGAAGUCGCAGUACCUGUCCUACUUACUGGGGAAGCUACCGGAGUUGAGGAGCCUCUCGGUCCAAGGUCUCCAACGGAUCUUCUACCUGAAGCUGGAGGACUUGGUGCCGGCGCCACCGUUGAUCGAGACGAUGUUCGUCGGUAGCCUGCCCUUCUAAACCCAAGUCGAGCAGCCUAGGGCUCGUCAGUACAUAGAACAAUUACUUUCUCAGUCCCGGUUGCGGUUGCGUUACCUUCGUUCUGAUUGGAUCCUUCUCUUAGUUCGUAUUACGCGUAGCUUUACUCUCUUCUUGCGUGUAUACCUCGCGCGGGAACGUAACCCGCGGGUACGUUCAGCCCUCGACGACGCCCUGGUGAUACCUUCUCGCACUCCGCGAGAAGCACUCUGAACGGCUCGUCGAGCAGGAAGAGAAGCGAAGAGAGCCGUUACUGGAUCGUGAUCGAUCGUACGCGGAUGCUGUCCGUGCGAUUCGAUGCGAACGCUAAUCUUAUGGGAAAGUAUGUGUGAAUGUGAGAGGACGAAUGAUUGCGUGUGUGCAUGGGCGCGUGAAUAAACCACCGUGUGCGUGUCACAUGCGUGAGUGCAAGCGUACAAAGCGCUUGGGCGGUCUCUGCGUGCGCGACGUGUCGGGUGGCGGGUUGUCGAACGUCGUCCGUCGUUCUAGUAGUAAGUAUUAUCGCCGUAGCUGAAGCUACUGCUGUUGCUGUUGCUGUCGCUGGCGAAAGGGAAGGUUGACGCGAGCAAGGAGCGGAUACAAGGCGGGCCGCGGCGGUUUCGGUACUCUUCCUUCUUCUAGCCGUGGCGGAUUUCGUGCGGACUUGGGUGGACAGGAGGGGCUCCCUCUCUCGCGCGUGCCAUCCGCGUGAUGAACGCGAACUUUUCUCACUUUUCUACCUAGUUUGUACGAGGUCUCUCCGUUCGCGUGCUCGCGCUCGGCUCGCCUCGUCGCUCAUGACGGGCGACGCGGGCGACCCGCCACUUCUCGAACAUGCGUAAUAUCUUUGGCAAUACCUUGCCCGUCGCGGGGAAACGCAUCGGCGAUUCGCAACAUAUCAGAGCAAGGGCAGGAAGAGCGGACUUGACGCUCUCCCGUCUUGACAGUAGACAUAGGAUGUGACUAUUUCGGUCGCGCUCGCGACGGCCGGACGAUGCCGAGUGCAGACGCAUCGGUUGUCUACGAAGGAACCGAUGCUACUCUGUGUUAUAUUAAACUAGGUAUAUCCUUUCGUAUUUAUCUAAUUGCUUUACAUUGUGGCCAUAUCUUUGCUAAUGAUGCGUGCUUUCUUGGGUUCUCCGGAUGGGAACUGGAAUAUACGAAGCGAAAAUCGUGAAUUCACGUGCAUUCAACAGCUGCAACGGAUCACACCACGCAUCUUUGGGGUAUCUACGUUAGGGGAAAGUGAAUUUAGGGGUGGCACUACAUAUAUACAUAUGUGUAUAUCAUUUUAUGAGUUUAAACUGUAGAAAGAUUGAGAAUUCUACUCUACUAGAUAUAUUUUAAUUGUAGAAUACUUUUAUAGACACUUUUUACACGUUUUGCAUGAAUUUUUAAAGAGAUUAACGAGAAUCCAGCAAAUUUUUCAGAUGUUUAAUUACAAGUUGUUGAUACCUGCUAUAGAUAUUUUUACAUGCAUUUUUUACACGCAACUAGGCACAAAUCCAAAAGUAACUUUAAACUACACCGUUUAUAAAAUAUUAGCUAGAGAGAAUAGGAAAGACUUGACGCAUUUUUUAACUCAAUUCCAUACAUAUUUUGAUAUCGACAGAACAGAAUGGCACUUGCUUAAAAAUGGGGGUUUCAGUUUGCCACUCAGUUGGGCUCAAUCUCACCACGGAGAAUCUUCACAUAUCCCACAGAGAUUUCGCGCGGUUCGCGGUUUUUUCCUCCUGCUACGCACUCGCAAAUCAAACUCGGCAUCGUCAGCGCCAUUGCCAGAGCGUUGUCCGAGGCGCGUGGUCGAUACCGAUCGACCCUUUACCACUACUCUUGCGUUUAUGUGAUUUUAGAGAGCUAAGGCGAACAACUACGGGCUCGCCUCGUCCGAUGUGGCGAGAGAGCAGAGAGUUAAUAAUCCAGUGCGACGGCGAGGCGGGCCCGGCUUAAAGUUACCUAUUAUUACGUAUUAUGACAUUUACUUUUAAUCAAACUAACGUAGAGUGUCCUAUUUAUAUACGUAUAACGCGCCGCUACUAUACUACUUAACUAUUACAACUACUACUUUACUAUAUCGUUAUACUUACUAUUACUCAUUGAUAGCGUUACUAUUCUAUGGCGUUACUACCACUAUUACCACUGUUACCAGCGCUACCUUUUACUACCACUUUGUGUUACCAUUAUCUCACUACAAUAAGCUUCACCGUCGUUGCCGCCAUCGUCGUCGUCAUCGUCGUCGAUAUCGUCGUUUAAAGCGUCCUUCAUCGCACCAGUGCCCUUCGAUCGACGCGACGGACAGAGGAUGCUGGUCAAGCCUUUUCAAGUAGGCGUCCUCCGCGCCGACGGGAUCACUACAGUUGACACGCAUCUCCGUUUUUUCGAUGUAUAUCUUGAUAUUUUAAGCACGUUCAAAUACCGUAAAAUCGACUAAGAUUCGUUGCGACUGAUUCUGCAUGGAAAUAAAAAUGGAUCUCAUGGUUGUUUACUCUUGAGCUGAAUACGGAAAUCGAAUUCUUGAAUUAUUUUCUCGAAUACAUCUUAUCUGCCUCCGAAAUUGUUUAAAACUAUGGAGAAUUUUUUUCUUAUUAUUUCAAUCACUUAUUUCUACUUCUUUUGUGACUUUGAAUGUUCAUAAGAGUUUCAUUUCUCUCUAUACAAAUGUUAUAAGAUUCAUGAAAAUAAGGAUAAUUGCGUAAAGAGAACUAGCUUUCAUCUGUACGGUUAUUUCGAUUGUGAUUACUCCUUUAUAUUUUAUUAGAUAAUCCUGAGAUCUGUUUUUGUUCUAGCAUAAUCUUACAAUAACCACCGUCGCUAUCGCAACGUGAUCCGAAUUCCAACAGGCAUUGUCCUCACACCGUGAUUCAUACCAUACAAACAAACAUGCAUACAUACACAGACACAUACAUACACAUAUAUACAUGAAACUGCAUUAAUUACCUAUAUGUGCACAAUAGAUAAUGAUAAUUACAUGUGUAUAUGUUAAUCUAAAGUCGUGUUUAUCCGCAAAUGUUUGACGCUUUGCGCGAAAGAAGCGGAAUCGAUGUUGGACGAGAUUCCGCUUUCAUAAGCUUUUUACAAUUGUAAUUCCUCAAAUUAAUGUCUUUUGAUAUUUUGUUUCGCAAUUGUUCUCGUAAUAUUCUCGAUAUGCAAUGUUAUACAUGGCAAAGUACAUGGAGGAAGACAAGCGUUCAAUUUUGUCUCUGGAAACGGAAGUUAUUUAUAUUUUUUACAAUUCUUAGUUUUUGGAAUAUAUCGAAAUCUUUUUCGCAAAUUUUCUUGUUCAUUAAAAAUUAAUAUUUUACUUUUAAUAUUAAUAUCAAUAUUAGUAUUUGCUAAUAAUUAUUAGCAAUUAUUAUAAUUAAUAAAGAAACGGAUUAACUAAGAAUUUAUCAUAAUGUUUGCAGAUUUGUAACAAAAUAUUAUUCUUAGUCACUCAGAUUUAUAUUUGAUCUUGGCAAUUACACGUAUAAAAAUGUUACUGAUAAAAUUUUACUAAUGGCAGUCGUCGUAAAAUAAUACUUUGUGAAAUUUUUAUUUAGCAUUCUGCAGCAAUAUAUUUAACAUGUGUAUUGGAAAAUCUAUUCAAAAUAUCUUAUAUAAAUGGAAUGUGUUAUAAAUCAUAAUAUAUAUUUAUCGCACAUGGCAAAUAGAAUUGAUACUGCACGACAGUUCUUAUACCAUAUGUGUAGGAUCACGUGCUAUACAAGUUAUCAUAUAAAUGAUAAACGGCUAAUGCUCCAAUACCUUCUUAACAAAGAACUUUAUUCAUUCCGUUUCCAGCGUACAAAAUUUGAUAGAGUCACAAAACAAUGGAUAAUUUGUCAAAUUUUUUAAUAAAAAAUAGCGUGCUUUUGUCUUUCCAUGUACCGGAUUCGUUAACACGUCCACAUUUGCGGAUGGAUACGCAUGCAAGUGUUCAAAAGACAAAAUGCCCGGUAAGAAUGCAAGGUAAAACAGGAUCCGAGGGUGCAAAGGCAUUGGCAACCCUUGCGAUCAAAAUUAGAAUAACGCGGACGAGAAUGUCGAUUCCAUUCAAUUUGUUCGAGAAUCGUGCAAAGAACAUAAAAUUUCGGAAGCGCUCGUCCCCAUGAGGAUAACAGAUUGACACUGUAAAAAUUGAUAGCAAUAAGACAAGAAAGUUAAAAUAUCAGAUUUCGUGCCAAUGCACUGUCAGGAUAUUUUGGAUUAACAAAAGAGAAGUAAAGUUUUUACGGAAGAAUUUAGGACUUCCAAAAACAAGUAAUUUUUGAGAACAUAUAAAGAUUCUUAGCAUAAUUAUGAGAGAUUAUAACAGGUACUCCUAGACAUAUAGAAACAAUAUUAAUCGUUGAGCUUGAAAUAUUUACUUAAAAUUAAAAAAUAAUGUCUUGGUAUAAAUAUAAAUGUUUUGGUCCGUCCGUCGUUGCAAAGAUAGAUAUUUGAUAAUGAUCUUGAGUGAAUUGGGAGAACAAUUUCGGGAGAUAAUAUUAAUUGAAAACAAAAAUGUAAUUUUGUAUUGAUAAUAGAAUCAGGCAGUUGGCAUUGGCACUGGUCUGCAGCCAAUAUAACAAAAUCGUUUUACAUGUUUGUAACAAGUAUUUUAGUGCGAUCUUUGAGAACGAGCGCUUCGCCUGAGAUCCGCCUUACCUUCAUAUCAGUUUUCAUCUUUGAACGGAAUUCUCGAACAUAGGGAAUAAUUUUUUUAUCGAAUAAAGUGUUGAGUCCAGAGGAGAUUUCGGGAGAGGAAUUAUCGAUCGGAAGAAAGUCGAGUUCGGAAUUUUAUUCGGAGGGCACGACUAUAACGAGAAAACCCCGAAUGUUCCGGUAUCCAAGUGGGAGACGGUUCAAGUUCUGGGUGACAUAUUUUUGUUCCUAUAUAUUUUUCCUUAACGAGAGUUCGCGUGUGGAAGAAAAGCGCGAGACUAACGUCUUCCGCUCCUGAUCGUAGAAAAUCGUCCCUGGACGCAGCGCUGCGGUGAAUUAUUUUUUACGCGAAAAUAAGGAGAACAGGCGAAAGAAGGAAACGCGAAAAGGAGAAAGAGGAGGAAUAAAAGAGCAAGAUUGGAUCGUUCGGGCGUGAACAGUGAAAUCGUCUUGACGACGAAACGAAACGAGAUCGUCCUGACAUUUGUUGUUUAAACCGAUUAUCUGUCAUUUUGCUGUAACGAAAUACCAGUCAAUUCCGUUAGGUGUAAAUCUCUAUCCCCUUUUCCCCGUUUCAUCAAUGUAUACAAUAAAUGUUCAAUCAACAGAUUAUUUAAUUCUCUCCGAAGUUUUGUUAAUAAAUUAUUUAUCGAUCGACAUCGCAAUUGAGUUCAUUCAGGGUAUAUUUAUUUUCUGGUAAAGCAGCGGACGUUCGUGUACAGAGUGCUCCGCCAUGAAAACUGUACGGAAAUUAAUGGUUCUUCGUCAAAAUGACGGAAAGGUAAUCACUAUGUUUGAAAACAUAUGCCUUAUAAUUAUAGAUUUUAUAACAUCUCUUCUAAAUCUCUAAAAUUUUAAGAUUCUCUAAAUUUUAUUUUUUUUAAUUUUGCGAUUAAGUUUUUAUAUUGCUAUUUCUCAACCGAAAUUUCUCUUUUCUCAUUAUUUUGAAAAAGAACUAAUUUUGAAAUUUAAGCAACUUUAAGUGUUUAAGUUACAAUAAUUUUUAGACAGUUUAGACAAACAGAUGACAGCAAUCUGCUUUCUAUGAUUAUUGUCAAAUGCAAUAUCUGUUUCUUCUCUAUCAAAAUAAAAUUUACAAUCGAUUUUCUCAUUUUGACUAAGAUAUGGAUAAUGCAUUCGGAACUUUUUUUAUAAACAUUCUUCUUACUAGCUUCUUACGAUAUGUUUUGUAAACAAAUGCAAUCUACAAUUCAUGAUAUUAUAUUUAAAUCUUCAAUUUCGAAUUCAAUAAACGUUAUCAUCUAAUAAAUAUUGUGCUUUAGCAAAAAGAGCAAAUUUACAUGUGAGAAAUAUUAAUGGUUACAUUUAAAAGAAUUAUAUUUUUUUUAUCGAUUUUCAGUCUUAAUUUACUUUGUCAUAUGAACGUCCGCAUGCUCGGCCAAGACAAUCGCAUUUAUAAAUGUACGACAAAUGUUUAAGGCGUUUAACACACAUAUGCACCUUGAAGGUUGAGCGUUGCACCGAAAAUAAAUCCACAAACAAGCACCUCUACACAGCCAGAGAAACAAUGCGAAUAGCAGCCAACAAACGUAGGUACGUCUAUGUAGGCACUGUAAGACCAUUCAGACUAAAAAGCACUGAAUCUUUCCUCUCCUUUCCUUUUUUACAUAUAUUAUGCUAUUUUAUGCGAUGCAGACUUUAUGCGAGAAUUAUGAAUUUAUGCAAAAUGAAAUGGGGAAAGUCAAAGUAUUAAAUGACAGAAAUGUCGAGUCGAAAAUAAUUGCACUUGAAAUUAAUUGCACCGAGAGAUCGUGUGAUCUCACUGUGUAAUUAUGCAAUGCGUGAGAGAUAAAGAAAGCGAGAGAUGAAGAGAAAUAUGCAGCAGGUGUAAUUUUAGUGGCUGAGACAACAGGAAGGUCGUGAGAAGAAAAAACUCGACGUCGAUCGCUAAUCUUUUCAUCAACGACAGUCGAUCGUAGGGGUGAUGCGUAACAUAAUAUCAUGAUAUGUCACUGUGUAAUACCGUAUUUCAAUAUUGAUAUACACACGUACGUGCACACACACACGCGCGCGCACAUUCAUGAAACCUUCUUUCCGGCCUGAUUCGUUGUUAAUUCUUGCGCCGAGCCACAACACAGUUCCCUCUCGCUUGGAAUAAUAUACAUAUAUAAAUAAAUAUAAAUAUAUACAUAUAUAAAUACAAAUAUAUAAAAUGAAUAUAUUAUAAAUAAAUAAAUAAAUAUAUAUAUACAUAGAAAUAUAUAUAUAUAUAUAUAUAUAUAAAGAUAUACUUUCGAUAUAUAUGACGAAGAGGUAGUUCAAAGGCAAGACGUGGAAGAAAAAAAUUAUAACGAUUAUAUUUUAUAAAUAAAAAAAUUGACAUGUGAUAUAGAUGGUAAGGCACGCGAGAAUGCGUUGCAUUACGAAAGCAAAUGUAUUCUGUAUAUCGUUUCAUUAAAUCUACUAAAAC